CGCGCCGGCCGUUCCCAGCGGGCGAGGCCCCUUCCUGCGCCGGCCCCGGCCCGCGCCUGUCCCGCGCGCCGCCAUGGAGCACAUCGAGGGGGCAGCCGUGGGCCCCUGCACCGCGUCGCCCUACCUGCAGCCGCUCACGCUGCACUACCGCCAGAAUGGCACCCAGAAGUCCUGGGACUUCAUGAAGACCCACGACAGUGUGACCCUGCUCCCGUUCAGCUCUUCCCGAAGGAGCCUGGUGUUGGUCAGGCAGUUCCGGCCAGCUGUGUACGCAGGUGAGGUGGAGCGCCACUUCCCAGGGUCGCUGGCGGCUGUGGGCCGGGAGGGGCCCCGGGAGCUGCAGCCGGCGCUGCCCGGCGUGGCAGGGGUGACGGUGGAGCUGUGCGCCGGCCUCGUGGACCAGCCGGGGCUUUCGCUGGAGGAGGUGGCCUGCAAGGAGGCAUGGGAGGAGUGUGGCUACCGCCUGGCUCCCUCCAGCCUGCGCCGGGUGGCCACAUACAGAUUCUGGCGUGGCCGCUGUGCCAUCCCAUCCUACGACCGCGGUCACCACUCUUGCACACUGUUCGUGUCAGUUCCUCAGGCUGGGUGCCCGUCCCCUGCUGGCCACUGCCUGCUGAGGGAGGGGCUCCCUCCCUCUCCUUGCCAGCUUGUGACCAGGGGCCGGGCCCUCACUCCCCAGGGCACUCUGGGUCCCAGUUGCCUUCCGGCCAGCUCAGCAGUGCCAUCUCAGGUGCCCACCACGGAGCCCUCACUGGUCCCGCAGACUGUCCCUUUGUCCGUGGGUGCAGACCAGGGCCUGGCCUGGCCUGGCAGCCAGCACAGGACACACUGCAGGUUGGAAGGAGCCCUGGCUGGGCCCCCAGUGGAGCAAGGGGUAGGGGUCUGCGCGAGGACUCAAGCACCCCUCGGUUUCUGAGGCUCAGGGUGGGCGUCUGGGGUCUCGCUCGGUGCAGGGUGCUUGCUGGCCGUCGGCCGGGGGCUUUGCUGUGCGCACGUGACGCUAAGCCCACCCAGGAAGGCCCCUCGUGAUGAACCUGUGUCCUCACACCUGCUGUGUGUGGUGUGAUGCCCCCACCAGCGAUCGGGACUCCCGACGGAGAGUGGGCCGAGGGGCUCAGGAGACCCUGUCUCGGCCGCAGGUCUGGGGUGGGGCUGACUGGCUCCUGCCAGACCAUGUUCUACGCGGAGGUGACCGACGCCCAGCGCAGCGGCCCAGGCGGGGGCCUGGCGGA